UAAGGCCGGCUGUAUAAAAAUUUUUGGAAACCAAACCUGCACUCUUCUUGGAUCUCCCCAAAGAAGAUAGCUAUUGUUUUAAAAUAACCGGCAUCGAACCGGGCCCUAGCAUCGCCCUACAUUUGGGCUACUGCUGAUUCACCGAGUGUACCUUCUGGCCCCAAAUGCUUGGAGGGAAAUGCCCUCCCCUGGGCCUUCCCUUGUCACCGCUGACCCUCGCUCCACAGCCACAGCUUGGAAAACAAGAAUAAAAUCAUGAAGGAAAACACUCUCAGGUCCCCAUUAUAACCAGGUUUUUCAAUCUCAAGCAUAAAUCCAGAGAAUAAAAUACUCAUAUGAGAUGAUUAGACAAUAAUAUGAAUCUUGGGACUGUUCUUAGGGCAAUAAAAGGAUCCCACUAUGUGCUAAGAAUUUAAUACCAACCCCCUCACAUUUUUUGUUGUUGUUGAGCAGAAGAGGGUAAAAUGAGACAUAAGAAAACCGGAGUGUUUAAAUUGCUCCCCAAUAAUUCUUUUUCUAUUGCCCGAAAUGGCAUAACAAUACCGUCCCCAAACUGGCAUCAUUAACUUAAGAAAUUUCCUUUGGAUCAAUUCCACUAAAGAUUGUAUCCAGGGCAAAUAAGUGCUGGUCAUUUCAAUCCUCAGGUCUUGCCAAUGUCUCCUACUGGAUUCAUACUUACUUAGCUCUGGUCCUGACAAAAGACAUCAUUGUCACUUAAUAUCAGUUUCUUCUAUUAGCUUUUUUUGUCAUAUAGGAUGGUGGUGGUGGUGGCACUUCAGUCAUACCUUUAGUAUAUCAGUUUACACUUGAUGUAUAAUUCAUUAUGCUGAGUACAUGAAGCUGAAAGGGAGCUCUGAGUUCUGCAUACUGGAAACUAGUUAGUGAAAACAGGUUAUUUUGCUUUUCUAAUCAAGUAUAUAAUUGCAUUUAAAAAUUCAUUCUAGAUUUAGUUUUUUGCCUGGUAAUUUUCUUUAAAACACUAGGCUUUUGAAUAUGGAUUUAUAUCUGGAAGUUACAGUUGAAGUGUUUUAUCAUUAAUAUUAUAUUAAUAUGUUUGCUGCUGCUACCAAGAGCUUUGUUAAACAAGUUGGAGAUGGAGGGAGAUUAGUUCCCGUUCCAAGCCUCAGUGAAGCUGACAAAUAUCAGCCUUUGAGCCUUGUGGUUAAAAAGAAAAGAUGCUUUUUGUUACAGAGAGCUACAUUUACCUCAACACCUUUUACACUGAAUGAUAUUCUCCUAGGAGACAGAGAAAUUUCAGCUGGUAUUUCAUCCUACCAAUUAUUGAAUUAUGAAGAUAAAUCAGAUGUUUCCCUCUAUGGAAACAGACGAGGAAAUCAUAUGGUGAAUGAUGUUGGGAUUAAUGUUGCUGGAUCAGAUUCUAUUGCAGUAAAAGCUUCAUUUGGUGUGGUAACUAAGCAUGAAGUGGAAGUAACGACAUUACUCAAGGAACUUACUACUAGAAAAAUUAACUUUGAUCAUUGCUUAAUCCGUCAAUCAAGGAGUAGUAGAAAGGCAGUAUUGUGUGUGGUCAUGGAAAGUAUUAGAACAACACGCCAGUGUUCAUUAUCUGUUCAUGCUGGAAUGCGUGGGGAAGCAGUGAGGUUUCACAUUAUUGAUGAACAAAACCCAAAGGGAAGAGACAAAGCUAUUGUUUUUCCAGCACACACAACCAUAGCUUUUAGUGUUUUUGAACUUUUCAUUUAUUUGGAUGGUGCCUUUGACCUUUGUGUCACUUCAGUGUCAAAAGGAGGAUUUGAAAGAGAAGAAACAACAACAUUCGCAAUAUUCUACAGAUUAAGAAAUAUACUGUUUGAACGAAAUAGAAGGGUGAUGGAUGCUAUUGCUCGCUCUGAACUUUACAUGGAUGACCUUUUCUCAGAUUACUACUAUGAUAAAUCCCUCAGUAUGACUGACUUCUCUCUUAGAGAAGGGACUCAUGUCCGAGUUAAUUUACUCAAUCACAAUAUUCCAAAAGGACCUUGUGUCCUCUGUGGAAUGGGCAACUAUAAGAGGGAAACUGUUUAUGGAUGUUUUGAGUGUUCUUUCAAUGGACAAAAGUAUGUAAGACUUCAUGCUGUGCCCUGCUUUGAUGUUUGGCACAAGAGAAUGAAAUAAAAUAAGUGCCUUU